AGAGCAUCCUACUUGGGAAACUACCGCACAACAGAGGUGAAUGAUACAUUAUCUGCCACGAGGAGCUCACAGUACACAGUACACAAGCCGCCGGCGCCCGAUGGAUUUCAACCUGCUGAGCGAGACAGAGGCCCGCAGCCCGGCCCUGUCGCUCUCCGACGCCGGCACCCCGCGCCCUGAACCCGGCUGCAAAGGCCCGGAGCACAGCGACACGGAGAAGUCGCAGGAGAAGCAGGAGGGAGAGGCGGCCCCCGAGGAUGGGGCCCUGAAGAAGAAGCAGCGGCGGCAGCGGACUCACUUUACCAGCCAGCAGCUGCAGGAGCUGGAGGCCACCUUCCAGCGCAACCGCUACCCGGACAUGAGCACCCGCGAGGAGAUCGCCGUCUGGACCAACCUCACCGAGGCCCGCGUCCGAGUGUGGUUCAAGAACCGGCGGGCCAAGUGGCGGAAGCGGGAGCGGAGCCAGCAGGCCGAACUGUGCAAGGGUGGCUUCGGGGCGCAGUUCAGCGGGCUGGUGGCCCCCUACGAGGAGAUGUACCCCGGCUACUCCUACGGCAACUGGGCGCCCAAGGGGUUGGCGGCCGGGCCCCUGGCGCCCAAGAGCUUCCCCUUCUUCAACUCGGUCAACGUCAGCCCGCUGGGCUCGCAGCCCAUGUUCUCGCCCCCCAGCUCCAUCGCCUCCAUGCCCAUGCCCGCCUCCAUGGUGCCCGCGGCGCCGGGCCCGGCUUCUCUGCAGGCCCUGGGCGGCGGAGGCGGAGGCGGUGGCGGUCCCGGGCCGGGGCCUUGCCCCUACGUCUCGGCCGCCGCCGCCCCCUACGUCUACCGGGACCCCUGUAACUCCAGCCUGGCCAGCCUCAGGCUCAAAGCCAAGCAGCACGCCUCCUUCAGCUACCCGGCCGUGCCCAACGCCGCCAACGCCAACCUCAGCCCCUGCCAGUACGCCGUGGAGCGGCCCGUAUGAGGGGCCUUGGCAGGACUGGCCCGCGCCCGGCCCGGGGGCGUCGAGGCAGGACCGGGGACCCGUUGGCAGGGCAGGGCAGGGCCGCACGGGAGCCCGCGGCUGGCACGGUUGGCUUCCUUGGCACCCCGCAGCGCGGGCUCCGGACCGGGCGAGUAGAGGACCGGGCUAGAGAGCCCUUCAGGAGCAGAAGCCGGGCCUUGGGGGAGCAGGGCCCAACAGGAGCCCCUUUGGGCCACGGUUCCGCCGCCGAGGCCCUCCCACUUUCUCCACACCAAGCCUUUUCCACCAGCCCCCCUUCCCCCAUCCCCAUUUUCCAAGAAAAACCCCAAUAAAUAUCCACGGAUCGUUAGGGCA